AUGAUGAAAUUUUUUAAUAAUUUUACAUGCUUUUUAUCCGAGGCCAUAUAUUCUCAGGAAAAAAAUCUAGGACUAUAUCAGAUGAGUACAACUGAUGAAGAAGAUAUAAAUUCUGAAAGCAAAAAUUUUUUGAUGUCCUCUGUUACAAGGCAAAACUGUGAAAGUUGCAAUACAGAAAAAAAUGAAGUGCAAGAAGAACGUUUGAAUAGUGAGACUGUCGAAGGAUGUUCAACUGGUAUGUGUCUAUUACGAAAAAAUGAUAAUAAAAAGGAAAACUGUGAAAGUUUUAAAAAAGAAAAAAAUGAAGUGAAAGAAGUAAGUUUAAAUAAAUCAUCUAUAACAAAUUCAACGAAUGAUUCAAUAAAAGUACGAAAGAAAAAAUCCAGUAAUACGAAAAGAGAGAAAACAAUAAAAAAGCUCAUAAUAAAAAAGACAAAUGAUAAAUUAAGAAGGGCACAAUAA